UUAUCACCUCUCACCUGAUGAGAGAGGUUUCCAAGCUGCGCCUGCCUCACCCCUUUGUUCAUUGUCUGGUCCAGAGAGGGAAGCUAAUUCCUCCCGUGUAACUGCACGUUUGAAUGAGGAGGGGGGGACGGGUAAUGAAAAGAUGGGCCAUCUUAUUGAGGAGUAUUAUGUCAUAUUAGCCAGGGAAGGCUUAGAAGAGGAGUAAAUUGCAGGAAGACAGGACUUGAAAAUUAAGUUUGGCAAGAUUAAUGUGGAGUGGGUGCAGUUUUGGGAGGGAAUGGUGAGCCCAAAGCAGGAGAAGGAGGAGGAAGAAAGAGAGAGAUGAGGUGGGGUGGAGGGGGGGUCUGCAGGGACAAAGAGAAGCUGGCCAGGUGGACAGAGUCUCAUUCACCCUGGUCAUGACUGCAGCUCCAUGCCGAUAGCUGCGAGCAGGGAGCAGACCGAGUGAGGAGCCGUCACGGGACACAGGAUGGUGAAGUGCUGGAAACAUUCAGACAACCGUUUGGAGGAUGCACAGUGCACGGACGGGGGCUCUACUGUGUCCCCCCAGUCCCGCUUUCCACACAAGGCAUUCUGGUUCAGCCUCUCUGCUUCUCUGCUUCUCAUCAUCAUUGUCCUCAGCAUAACAGGGAACCUCAGACUGCCAACGCCUCACACUCAAUCUUCACAGAUUGUCCGAAUCACAAUGCCAGAUCAAAGUGGAGCUCUGAUCAACCAGUCAGCUGCUGUGGACAAAAAGAAUCACAUGGUGACUUUUUCUGUGACCACACUGGCAAAUCAGACAUCAACUGUGCUCUUUGAUAUCAAACAUGGUUUGAUAUGUUACAAACCUGUGGAUCAGCAGAGCUGCUUUCUGCGGAAGAUGGAGAAGUCUGAUUAUGACAACGUGCACUCCCUUCUCCAGGAGUCAACACACAAGAGUCAGUUCCAGCUGUCUGCAAAUGAGACGCAGAGACAGAGGGAGUUCCUGGGAGUGCUAGCAGACACUCAGGUGGACGUAUCCACGCUGGAGGAGCCACUCCAGGAUCUGUGUCAGGACAGAACCAUCCACUGGACCAGGAGAGCUGAAGGUCCAGGUAAACAGAGGCUGGUCUACUUUUGCAUCGACAUCUGCUUCCCCAGCAACAUCUGCGUCUCUGUGUGCUUCUACUACCUACCAGAAUGACUGAGCUACUCUCCCCCUCUCCUCCCGGCAAAAGAUCAGGGAAACAAAGUUGCCUUUUUAGCCCCUCUUUGAAAAGAAAAAAGAAAAAAGGGAGACAGAACAAAAAGCAGCUUUGACUGCUUCCUUUGUGCCAUACAGCUGCCAGUAAACCAGUGAAGCAGCCAACACUCCCAGUCCACUUUCCAUCCUUCCGAGAGAGAGGAGAUGGAGACAGGCUGUCACAGCUAUCGCCAGAGCCCCUUCACCACUCCCUUCAUGUGUAAUACCCUCCCUGGUGGCACGCUUCAGAGAUUACAGAAGAAAGAUCCCCCUUUUUUGUGUUUCCUGUAACCUACUGCUGCAGUGUAAUUAUGUGUAACUGUUCCUUUUGCAACAAGAGUGUUUCAUGCUUCAUCCAAUAAAGGACUGUUGGGUA